UUCUAAAUGCGACAUUCUAACUUAUGAAUGUAUAUACGUGUAUGUAAAGAUACAAACACAUUUAACAAACCCUUCUCAACCUCUCACUUCUCCAAGAAGUUUUCUCUCCAUCCACACAAAAAAAGUUUCCCAAAUAACAAAACACACACAAGUUUAGAUAUGGAUCUUGAGUUAUUACAAGAUUUGUCCAAAUUCAAUUUCCCAACACCCAUCAAGAUCCGAUCCAAAACCUCAAAAACCAAGAAGGACGAAGGUGAUGCCGACGAAGAUGGCCUCAGCUGCAGUACACCCACAUCCCAAGAACACAAGAUUCCCGCCGUCGUAGACUCUCCACCUCCUCCGCCGCGAAAACCCCGACCACCACCGUCAGCACCGUCUGCUACGGCGGCUCUGAUGAUCAGAUCGUGCAAGAGGAAGCUUUUAGUGUCGACUUGUGAGAUAAUUAUGAAUCGGGAAGAGAUUGACCGUUUCUUCUCCUCCGUAUACAAUGAGACGUCGACUACAGCUAAACGGCGGAGAAGUUAUCCGUAUUGUGCUCGAAGAUGAGGCUUAAUUCAAUAUUUACAUUUUUUACAGUUUUACUGGAAAUAUUGUGAAAUUAAUUAUAUGUUGGUGUUCGAUUUUAAUAUUUUUAAUUUAAUUAUGAAUAUGGAUGGAUAAUUUCCCUGCAACCGCAUAUUAAUUUCGCAUGGAGGGGUCGAUGUUGUAAAUUGAGUAAUAAAUGAAAUUUAAUUCCAAUUGCCAAGA